ACUGUUUCGUCCUUAAAAACGUGAUCAGCCGCGAUCGAUUCGCGUCUUCGUAGUGGGCCGAUGAAAAAGGGAAAGAAAAGGCUUGCAUACAUACAACACGAUAAGAACAGUUUUAAGGUUGGAAAAAAAAGAAAAGAAAAAAAGAGCUGAGCUGAACUGAAAUUUGCGACUGACGCAAGACCCUCGCGAUGGCUUCGCUAAGCACGAUUCCAUCAAAGAGGACGCUGGUGCUGUCGAUCGCGCCGGUUCUGGUAUCCGCAUAUCUCAUAUAUAGAUUUUCACCCCCGGGCUUCCUCACAUCCCGGAGAAAAUCGAAUUCAGGUGAACGGCCCGAACCACCAAGAAUUACAAGAGGAGGAGAAUGGAUGGAGGAAAGCGAUGAAGUGAAUGUUAGUUCCGAAGCCGAGGAAGAAGAUGAGGAUGAGACUCCCGAAGACAGCUCGGACCUUCGCCCCCCUUAUGAGUAUUAUUGCAUGUUCCGUCCUUUCUUUGACAUUCAAAAUGAGAAUGAGGACAAGGAUGAGGACGACCAGCUUGACGACGAUGACCUGCUUGAAGAAUACAACCAGGAAAUCCGAGCUGAAGACAACAUCGAGAUGAAGCCAGCCACCGAGCAUCCAGACCAUCGGUGGAUCGCCAUGUGGGAGACCUGGAAACUGUUUUCCGCAUGGGAAAGGCGGGCAUCGUACACCAACCCCGACUUUUUCAAAAUGCAUAUCCACAAGCACUUCCACGGCCAGGGCAUGCAGGAAAUGAUCGAGAACAUGCUCAUUGCUUUCGAUAAAGAAUUUGCGCGGAAGAAGCGUGGCAAGAGAGCCGUGAAGCAAAUGUGGGCGAUUGUAGCUGCUAUGAUGCAGUGGCUUUUAGAAAUUCCCCUUCACGGAUGGAUAGCAACGGGCGACGUGCAAAGAAUAAAUACCACCGUUAACCUCGUUGGCCGUGCUCUACUCACGGUGCUCCACGAGCUUGACCGGGCCAAGAUGCUCAAGGCUGAUUCCGAGAUCAAAGACUUAGGGCUGAUCAUGACAUUCUACCUCUACUGGGUUGAAGACUUGGAGAUCCCAGACCUCGAGUUGCCGUACCGCAAGGAAGUCGUCGGCUACGCGAAGAGAGCCGGCAUCGAUCUCAGCCUGGCCGGGUGCUACGGUACGGAUGAGAAAAUUAAGGCGCUAGAAAGGGCGGGCAAGAUUAAGCCAAUUCCUAGCACGCCAAAGGCCGACAGGUGGGAUUGGAAGAAGAAGUUCAAGAAGUUCUCCAAGGAGUAUAAGAUCGGCGGCGAACGAUUCAACAUCUUGAAGAUGUCGCGGGACGAACGCGCCGGCUACGCGUUCGACAAGAAGGAUCCGCUUGCCGAUAUUUCAGACAAGGCUCUCCAAGAGGGCAACGUUAGGGUGAGGCCUAAAAGAGGCGUCGCAUCUCAUUAAUAUGGUGAUGAUGAUGAUAUUUUCGGGUUCCAAGGGGGAGGGUCUCGUACUAUUUCUUCGAUGAAGAAAGAUGGGUCUAUCCCACGUAAGCUCGAGUUCCAUGUAUCGUCUCGUUAAAAGACGGAGACCGCGGGGGCUGCAGUUGGUGGAAUCUUGGAUUGGUGCUUGCGGAAUUACCGAGGUACAGAGAUUACAUUACAUAUGCCAUUCUCCCCUUGUUCUUACGAGAUACGAUUUGUACAUAGGGACGAUGAAUUGGAGUAGUUUACUGCUUCA